AUGAUGGACGAGAGACUGCUAGAAAAUGUUGAUUGGGUAGAAAUCGACAAUGCUAGCAUUGCUAGAUCAUCAAUAUCCAAUAAACAGAUGACUGCCUCCCACAACACGGUUGAGACCACUCCUAAAGGCUGGCAAGAAAAAUGGGACACCUUCUUUCGAUGGAUGUGUACACCAUUAGGCGCAUGCAUCACAAUUUACGGCCUGAAUGUGGUCGCAUGGGGUGGGAUGCUCUUCCUCUUAAUGUGCAACGCAGCGCCUGCAAUGUGUCAUCCAAGUUGCAAUAGCCUCGACUCAUCACGUCGAAUUUGGAUUGAGCUCGACUCUCAAAUUCUGAACGCCCUAUUCUGCAUCACUGGAUUUGGGUUAGCCCCAUGGCGUAUCCGUGACCUUUACCAGUGGUCUUUUUGGCGAUUGGGCCGGUCGGAAGGGAGUCGACGGAAAGGACUCGACCGCCUGGCUGAAAUCCAUAAGAACUGGUUCCUGAAGGCCCGAGAGACAAGUUUGCUUCCUCUCAAACUUCAGCUGAAUUAUCCAGUUGAACAGGCCACGCCAACCCCGUUUUGGAAAAUGGAUGUUGUGGUGUGGGGUAAUUUCCUCAACACAGUCUUUCAGAUAUGCUUGGCUGUUUGUAUGUGGGCAUGGAAUCGUUUUGACCGGCCGAGUUGGACAACUGGUCUCUUUGUCGGUAUCUCUUGUGCUGUUGCUGGAGUCGCUGGGGUUUUGAUGUGGUUGGAGAAGAAACGGGUCAAGAAAGCCAGCGAGCACCCCGUGCUCUUCUUUUGA